AUGGAAGCUCUUCCCAAACAUCACUUCCUUCUCAUCCCUUGGCCUGCCUUUGGCCACAUAAUCCCCUUCUUCCAACUCGCAAAACGUCUCGCAGAUGCCGGAAUCUCAGUCACCUUUCUCACUCCUUCCUCUGUCUUCCCCCGCCUCCCUCCUCUCCAUCUCCCUCACCACCUCUCUCUCAUCUCUUUCCACCCCCUCUCUCUCCCUUUGAUCCCCGAACUCCCCGAAGCCACCACCACAUCCGACUUCCACAUCCCCCUCAGAGCCGCCUUCGACGCUCUCCAACCCCUCUUCCAAACCCUCCUCCCCAAGCUCUCUCCAAAAUUAAUUAUCCACGAUUUCACCUCCUAUUGGCUCCCUGAAAUCGCCACCACGUUUGGCAUCCCCACCGUGUAUUUUAGCAUCUUCAAUGCUGCCUCAUUGGCCUACCUCAUCGUCCCCCAUCGUGUCACCGGAAAAUCCUUUCCUCCAACCGCAGCAGACCUCACUUCAUCUCCGCCGGGUUUCCCCUCCUCGGCUGUUUACUUCCACCCAAACAACUGGAAGGGGCUUAUACAUUUCCUGAGCCUGAAAUCCCCGGCGCUGAACGCCUUUUUAGAAGCAACAUGGCUAGGGGAUGCGGCUCAAAUGGACAGUGGGAGUAGCCGGGAGUUCGUUAAAUGUAUUGAUCGGUUGGACAAACAACCAAUCAAGUCUGUUACUUAUGUGGCGUUCGGAACUGAAUGCCGACUAAAUCAAGCCCAAACAAAUGCAGUCGCAAUUGGGCUCGAGGAGUCCGGUUUCCCCUUCCUCGGGGUUAGGAGAGCCUCCAUCCAUGGGGUCUUUGAAAAGUUGCCAAAUGGUUUUCUAGAACGGGUUCAAGGGAGAGGGCUCAUAUUCGAGGAAUGGAUGCCUCAAGCCAGGAUAUGA